AUGAACGGGCACUAUGGGCAGUCACCCUAUGGCUACGCCGGUCACGAGGACCCGGAAGAGAUGGUGGAAUUGAAUGCCGCUUCUCCUGGAUAUCGUAACCUCAGCCACAAUAACAGCAGCAGCACCUUCGACUUCCAAUUCAACGAUGCUUCUUCUCCGAGUGUCGCUUCUCCGCGGCCGGUGAUGCCGUUCCGUCUCGGUCAUAUGGCGCGUGAUGACCUUGGCUCUCCAUAUAACUCUCCUCAACCGGGCUGGUUGCAACCGACGCCUCGCUCUUCAGUUGGACCUGAUUCAUUUUCAUAUGGUGCGACACCGUAUGAUUCCCGGUCGGCUUCCCCGACUCUGGUCGGUCAAAGCCGCCAAUCUCUCACAAACCUCGUGGAUUCACCUCCUUCUCCGGGUCUCGCCAAGGAGUGGGUCAAAUCGGGAUCGGUCGCUCGCAUCAAUGAUCGCGACGAUGCCGAGAUCUGGAAGGGCUGGAAGCGCUAUGUCUUUGCCUUGACUCCAUUCCUCACCUUUGCCAACACCGCUGUAUACUUGUUCUACCUGGGUCUGCGAAUCUAUUGUAUUAUCUCGGCGCAGAAUCUCGCUGGUGUCAGCUAUGCCGGUGCUUGGGUCUUCGUCGCAAUCGAGGUCACUGUUGCGAUUCCGUCUCUUUUGCAUAACUGCUGGACUAUGAUGGCGCUUAAGAAGCGUGGCAGGCCCAGGCUGCGUUUGACCGGAAAUGACUGCCCUACUGUUGAUGUCUUUAUCACUUGCUGCGGUGAGGACGACGAUCUUGUUCUCGAUACCGCCCGUGGUGCACUCGACCAGGACUACCCGGUGGACCGUUUCCGUGUCAUUAUUCUCGAUGAUGGCAAGUCGGCUACUUUGGAAGAGUCGGUCCACCAGAUGUCUGUCAACCAUCCCAAUUUCUUCUACAUGGCACGUGAGAAGAUUCCCGGCAAACCCCACCACUUCAAAGCAGGUAACCUCAACUACGGUCUCGACGCGGUGCACUCUCUGCCCGGUGGUGCCGGCCAGUUCAUGGCUGCCCUGGACGCCGAUAUGAUCCCCGAGCAAGAAUGGCUGCGUGCGAUUGUUCCCCACCUCUUAGUGGACCCCAAGAUGGCCCUUGCAUGCCCUCCGCAACUGUUCUACAACACCCCUGAUUCCGAUCCUCUGGCACAGAGUCUGGACUUCUUCGUGCAUGUGAUCGAGCCUAUCAAGGAUGCUAUGCAUGUGGCUUGGUGUACCGGUUCCGGUUAUGUCGUCCGCCGCGAGGCUCUUGAUGACAUUGGCAACUUCCCGCUUGGUUCUCUUGCUGAGGAUGUUGCGACUUCGACUCUGAUGCUCGGAAAGGGCUGGAAGACGGCCUACAUUCACGAGCCUUUACAGUUUGGUACUGUCCCUGACGAUUUCGGCAGUCACUUGAAGCAGCGUACCCGUUGGGCCAUCGGUACCGUGGAUACUGCAUUCAAGCUCAAGUUCUGUCUUUGGGGAGAUGCCGUUCGCAAGAUGACCAUCGCGCAGCGCUUCUCUGGUUUCUUGUACGCGACCCUCAGCCUUUACACCUUGCUUCUCACGGCUUCCAUGUUCGCCAUCCCCAUUAUUCUCCUCUGGGGUAAGCAGCUCGUGGCCUACGCAACUACGCAACAGCUUCACUGGCUGAUCUGGGCCUGUUUCGCAACUACCAUCGUCAACCGUCUCUGUGAAUUUGCUCUUUUCAUCCCAGCCGGCUAUCACACCGGCCAGCGUGGCUCCCGCUACCAGCUCUGGAUGUCGCCUUAUAUUGCGCUCUGCAUCGUUCGCUCAUUCAUGCUCCCCCGCUGGCUUGGCGGUCAAACCCAAGCCUUCAAACCCACCGGCUCCCUCGGCUCCGCCCUGAAUGAGCGUGACCCGAAGCUGCGCAAGAACAUCUUCGUUCGCUUGCGCGUCAUCCUGUUCAACUACAUGGCCUUCUUCCACCUGGCCUUCGUCUACGUGACCCUAGUCGCUGUGGUGAUUUCGACUUACCGCUGCUUCGCGAUACAGUCCAGCUUCAAAGGCAUCGUCGUCUGCCUGAUCACCCACGCCUUCUGGCCCCCCCUCACCUUCCUCUUCCUCUGCACCUCGCUGUGGACCCCCGUCUCCUACGCCAUCGAUCCUCCUUCGGUCCCCGACCGUGAGGACCUGCUGAAGCGGGAUCCCAAGACCGCUGUCGCGCACCCAACCAAGAAAAGCAAGAAGAUUGCCUUUGGUGGACAGGCGGCUUGGUUCGAGUUGGAGUACACGGUCGCCACUGCGGCCACGAUUUUGAUCUUUGUUUACUCUUUCUUCUUCUAA